AUGCCCCCUCGCUCCACCGCCCAAAAGAGAUUGCUCAAGGAGUACCAGCAAUUGUCUCGAGAUCCGCCUCCGGGAAUCGUGGCUGGCCCACUUUCCGAGGACAAUUUUUUUGUGUGGGACUGUCUUUUGGAGGGUCCCGAGGGCACCCCAUAUGAGAACGGGGUGUUUUCAGCCACGUUGAAGUUCCCUCAAGAUUACCCCUUGAGCCCUCCACUGCUCCAGUUCACGCCUCCCUUGCUCCAUCCAAAUAUCUACGCCGACGGAACCGUGUGCAUCAGUAUUUUGCACCCUCCGGGAGAGGACCCCAACCAGUACGAAAGACCCGAGGAGCGGUGGUCUCCCGUGCAGAGUAUCGAGAAGAUCUUGUUGAGUGUGAUGUCCAUGUUAGCUGAGCCCAAUCCAGAGAGUGGAGCCAACAUCGACGCGUGCAAGUUGUGGAGAGAUCACAGAGAAGAGUACGAUAGACAGGUGCGGGAGCAUGUGAGACGUACAUUGGGUCUCUGA